ACGCGGGAUUAACCGAAAACGUAUCAUUUUGUGCCACAAAGACCAUGCAAAAAGAUGCCUUUAUGAGAAUUAUGUUUUUAUUUAAUGGAAAUUACGCCACAUUGUCUGUGAUGGAUGCUCAUUUGUUCGUUGCCCUGAUAGAAUAUCAAGGACAGACUAGAGUGUGA